ACGCGACCCUUGGCUUUGACCAUAUUUACAUUACAAAUGUUUCAGGUCGGCCAGGAAAAUAUGAAAAAUUAAAAUUAAUGGAAAAUGAAUUAAAUUUAACAUUCGAUUUCUUUCCAACCAUUUCCCAAUUUGAUAAUGAAUCGCAACCAUUACAAAGAGCUUAUAUUAAUCAUGUUAUUUAUCAAUCAAUUGUGGAUCAUAAUUAUAGAAGCGCAUUAAUUUUAGAUGAUGAUAUAGAUUUUGAAUUUAACAUCAAGUCAAUUAUGACAGAUAUUCAUCGCAUAUUACCAACUAAUUGGGAAAUUCUAUAUCUUGGUCAUUGCAGCAAUUGGGAAGGGAACUCAGGUGAUCCUUUGCCAAAUUACAACCAUGGAAAUUCUAUUUAUAAACUUUUUAUAUCUAAUAGGCCAUAUUGUACACAUGCUUACGCUGUUUCACUUCGUGGUGCUUUUAAACUAUUGAAAAAGCUUGUUAACUUAACGGCUCCAAUCGAUCUUGACUUAACUAAUAUGAUUACUGCAAAUGAAAUUACCUCAUAUACUAUUAUACCACCGGUUAUAUCGAGAUGUCAUAUUUCUGAUGAUCCAACAAAUCUCUAUCCAGGAAGAAAUACAUUAGACUUGUACUCUUUAAAGAAUUCCACUUUACAUUCUCUCGGGCUUAAUUAUGAUUUAAAUAAUACUCUCGGCUUUAGUCACAUUUACGUUAUUAAUCUUAUAAAUCGGCGAGAUAGACGCGAAAGAUUAGAAAUUUUGGCGAAAAAACUUAAUUUAAAAUUCGAAUUUUUCCCUGCUGUCUCUCGAGAUGAUGAAAAUGCGCUCAAAGAACUUGCUCGAGAAGACUCUUAUUUAAACCCAUCUCAAGUUGCUUGCUAUCUUAGCCAUUAUAAAGUCUACCAAUCAAUAAUUCAUAAUGGAUACGAUAGCGCUUUGAUAUUAGAGGAUGACGUAGAUUUCGAACUUAAUAUCGCAUCAAUUAUAUCAGAUAUAUAUAGAUUUUUGCCUUCCAAUUGGGAUAUCUUUUUUCUUGGUUAUUGUAGCUAUACUGAAGAUUCCGGUAGUCUAUUAGAUGGCCAAAAUAUUUCAUCACCUUAUAAAAUACAUAAAUCUCAUAUACCAUAUUGCCUUCAUGGUUACGCCGUUUCACGUGCUGGCAUACUCAAAUUAGUAAAACAACUUGACCCAAUAACUGACACAAUUGAUGCAAUAAUGGUUUAUUUAAUUCAGUCAGGAUAUCUUGACUCUUAUUCUCUUGUACCAUUGGCAAUGGUACAGUGGCGUUCUUCUGUUAAUCCAUCAAGCAUUUCUCCUGAAUUUAGAUAUCAUUAUUUCAUCUCUUUACAGCAUUCUGCUUUAGAGCAAUUUGAACUUAUUAAAGAAACUAAUAAUACUCUUGGAUUCAAUAAGAUUUACCUCAUUAAUUAUGAGGACGAGCCGGACUAUCAAAAGAUUGUUGAAAAGUUAUCAAAAAUGUCUGAUAAAUUAUGUUUAGUUUUUACCAAUUUCAAUGCUACUUCCUCUUAUUCAAGUCAUUAUGAAAUCUACAAAUCAAUUAUCAAUGAUGAAUAUGGUAGUGCUUUGAUUUUAGAAGGAGAUAUGGACAUUGAACUUAGAAUCACAUCAAUUAUGGUCGAUAUACAUCGAAUUUUACCUGCUGAUUGGGACAUUAUAUAUCUUGGCUAUUGUAAUAAUUCUGAAGGUAAAUCUGGUGAACCUUUACCGGGCAGCAAUAAUAAUUCACCUGUUUAUAAGUUAUUUAAAUCCGAGAUGCCAUAUUGCACAUUUGCCUACGCCGUCUCACAUGCCGGUGCUCUUAAGUUAUUAAACAAACUUGGCAGCUCAACAAAAUCAUCACUUGAUGUAGAACUAGUUAACAUUAUUCAAUCGAGAGAAAUCAAUUCAUAUACUCUUGUACCACCAAUUAUCGUUAAAUCCGGAAAAUCAUAUUCCGAUAAAGAAAUUCCUGACAUACAUAUUUUAAAAAAUUCUACUAGUAAAUAUUUUAAAUUAGAUGUAUAG